GAAAAAAAAAUCAAAAUGGUUUGAUUUGGUGAAUGAAAAUUACUGCAGUAUUGGAUAAAUUUACAUAAAAUAAUAUAAUCACCCUAUUGAAAAUUGUGAUCGUUGUGUGUUAUUAAUAAGUGAAUAAAUAAAGUGAUGUGCGAUUUCUGUGAGCUAGGAAGACUUGUGGACUAGUAAUUGAUAUAGUGAUAUCAUCGUAUUUUUUGCUCUCGGAGCGGUUUGAAGUGAUAAUGUGUGGCCAUAGAUAAUCGAGUAUAUUUUAUUGUAAACAUGGCAUCCGUCUGGAAGCGCCUCCAACGCGUGAAUAAGCGCGCCGCUAAGUUUCAAUAUACCGCAUCCUAUCAUCAGAUAGAGCUUGAUCUCACUCCAAAAUGGAAACCAAAUAAGUUGAGCAUUGUAUGGACGCGAAGAUCCCGUCGUGUCGUCACCGAUCCAUUAGAAUGGGAGCCCUCGCUUAAGGACCCUUUAAAAGGUUCAGUGAUAUUUGGAGUCGAGAAUCACACGAUAGCGGUGACUUUGUUCAGAGAUUCACGGACUAAUGAGCUCGAGGACAAGGAUUGGACGUUUGUUCUUGAAGAUGUUUCUGUAACCGGCAAGCGGCGACGUCUGGCAUCUUGCGCAGUGAACUUACGCAAACAUGCGUCACUUGCGCCUGCGCAGAAGCCGCUUAAAUUUACCCUAGAGCCGCUUACGAAGAAGCUUAAGAGCGCCAGACUACACUUAACCCUUCACUGUGUUCUGCUAAGAGAGGGACAGGCCACUGACGAGGACAUGCAAUCUCUUGCCUCUCUUCUUUCUGUCAAUAAUAACUCUGAUAUCGCAGUGUUGGAGGAUCUGGAUGAAGAUGAUUACACGUUGUCUGAUAGCUCUACCAGACAAAUGCUUGAUCUCCGCCAACAAAUGGAAGAAAUGACACAGAGUCUAACUAAUUCGGACAUAGCGGCGACCCCUAAUAGUGUGCAAAGUCUCAAUUUUGACAAGACACCAACAGCACAGAGCCCUACAACACCAGUUAAUGCUGUGGAGGCAUUUGGCGAAGACGCGGUGACACCCAAAAAUAGACCGGAAUAUUUGAGCAGUCUGACGAAGGCUAUGAGAGCUGAACCCAAGUUUAGUUCCACUGCGAAACCUGUGGUAGCUCCUAGUGAGGAAAAGUUAGAUAAUUUAAAAGUUACAGGUCUAGUUUUCAAACCGAAAACGGUUGCUAAACGUAAUUUGAAACCCCUGGAAUUGAAGUCUAACUUAAACAACAUUAGUUUGGAUACUAAUGACAACGAAAGACAAGACGAAAAGACACCGGUGCCCGAAGAAAGAUUGACAGUUCCGCAUGUGGAGAAGGAUAAGACACCGAUGGUGGACUUGGUCGAAUGGUGUCAAUACAUAACAAGAGAGUAUCCAAGAUGUCAGGUCACCGACCUCACUACCAGCUUCAGAUCGGGGCUCACUUUCUGCGCCAUCAUACAUCAUUUUAGGCCGGACCUUAUUGACUAUUCUGGGCUGCAACCUGAUGAAAGUGAAGAAAAUGUUCGUCGUGCUCUCGAAGCGAGCGUUAAACUUGGUAUUUCACAAGUUCUGACCGUCGCUGAUGUCUGUGGAGGACCUGUACCUGAUAAACUUGCUGUGAUGACAUAUCUAUUUCAACUGAGAGCAUACUUCACUGGCAACGAAUUACAAGUCGAACAACUAGGUAACGAUGAAACAGAAUCCUCGUACCUGGUGGGCAGACAUGACACAGAUGACAGUCUUCCACCAGAGUUGUUCUCUCGGGAAGUGAGCACCAGAAGAUCUAGGAAUGUUAUGGAUAGACCGCCAGUACUUAAGCAAGAGUCGCAAGAGUCCCGUCAAUCUUUAGACCUAUCGCCGGAUAAAUCCCCCGCUAUAAAGGAUAUGAAAGACAUAUUCCAACAGUCAAAGAACAUUCUUGGCAAAAUGCUGUCUCCUGCAAAGGAUUUGAGGGAGAAACCUACGGCCAAGUGGUUUAAUGAACCAAUCAAGACUGAGCCACUUCCGCGCCCGGAAAAGUUGAUGACACGCAAAGAACUCACAGAUCCGUUCGGAUCUGAUGAUGAAGAGGAAGCUCCACCGGCUAAAGAUUUCAAUAAUGGUAUUGUGCAACCAGAACAGAAACCAAUAAUUGAGCCGACAGCCACAGAUCCACUUAAUGUCUCAACGCAACCAAACGACAAGUUGAAACCACCCACCCCAGAACUACCCAAACCUACACCGCAAUUGUUAUCGCGUCAUGACGAACUAAAAGAAAAAGCUAGACAGCUGCUAGAGGCUACUAAGCGUGAAGCGCGGGAAAAGGAUAGAAAGAGACAAAGUUUGAAAGAGAAAGAGGAUAAGAGUGAGUUAACAAAUGGACUCAAGAAUGGUGAAAGUCCUAAAAAGGGUAUGUCUGAGGAAGAGAGACAAAACAUGUUGCGAGAGAGGGCGAGGAAGAUCAUAGCUGACGCGAGAGCUGGGAUUGUUAGUCCGAAAUCACCAAUGUCACCUUCCCGAAUUAAUCCCGGUACUGUGGAAAUCAUCAGUAAACAUUCUGUUUUGGAAGAAUUAGCUGCUGGUGGUAUGGAGCACCUGGAAAGUUUAGUCAACAGAGAAUCGGCGCCUUCGACUCCCGGCUCCAGGAAGAGCAAUCCCAGCCCAGAAAGAAAUGAAGAAACAAAAGAAGGGAAGAGUAGAAGUCAGUCUCCGAAUGAUUCUCGGAAAUCGCCGCUCCAUUCGUUCAGUGCCCUCGUAGACAGGCUCUCUCCUGAACCUAAUAUGGAGGACAAUGAGAAUAAAGAAAGUUACAGCACUUAUAUAGCCAGUGAAUUGCAAGCGUUAGAGCGAGAACAGAAAUCUAUCGAUGAAAAGGCCGCGGCUUUAGAGAAACAAUUAAGACGGGUCAUGGACCGGGCUGAUAAUACUGAGGAGGAAGAUCGGCUGAUGUCGCAGUGGUUCAAUCUAGUGAAUAAGAAGAAUGCGUUAAUACGCAGGCAAAUGCAACUUAAUAUACUAGAAAAAGAGGAAGACUUAAGCCGUCGGUGCGAGCUAUUAGCUCGCGAACUGCGCCUCUCACUCGGCGUUGAAGAGUGGAGGAAGACUCCGGGGCAGAAGAGACGAGAGAUACUUCUCUUACAAGACUUAUUAUCAGCUGUUAAUGAGAGGGAUAGGCUUGUACAAGAAAUGGAUGAGCAGGAAAAAGCGAUAGCGGAAGAUGACGAAAUUCAGCGUAAUCUCAGCAACGUUGAAAUACGGAGACCGAACAAUUGCUUGCUUCAGUAAAUUUAGAUUUGCCAUUCACGAAUUCGCCUUGAUACGAAAAGUUUGACAACUUCGACAACUCUAAAUUGAUUUAUGGGCGUUAAUUCGGUCGUCCAAUCCGUUGUAAGAAGUAUUAAAUAUCUAAUAAAAUAUAUAAUUUAAAUACAGGAAUUAUCUCUCCGAUAAUUUCGUUAACUUAAAUUGAUUUCUAACUAAAGUUUAGUUUUUAACUAGACAGAUUACAGUUAAAUUGAAAUAUUGACCUGAAGAGACGCUCUUUAGUUAUUGACUGUACGAACGUCUUCGUGGAUGGCAUUUUAAUUUGACUAAGUCCUUAUUCGAAUAAAAACUAAAAAGAUUUAUUUCGACAAAAUUAUUUCGUAUUAUUUCUGAAAAUAAUAUUAAUCAAUCAUUGAAAUAGAAAUUCAAUUUUGAAAAACAACAAGGUAUGAGAAUUAUUCAUAGAUGAAAAAAAGUUUUUUUAGUUUUUUGUCGAAUUGCUAGGCAUUAUUAAUUAUUUGAUGACGCUGAAAAUCAGUAAAAAAAUGGAUUAUUUAAUUUCGUAUUUAUUAUUGCACUGUUUGUGUUGUAUUUUUUAAUGUAGCAAAAUUAUUUAUCGGCCUUAAUACUCAUACUGUUAGAGUAAGUAUAUCUCUGGGAUUUUGUAUGUCAAUGUUUAAUUUCAUUGCCUAUUUAAAGUCCGGAUAUCAGAAUAUCUGUCUCUGUUUAUCGUAUAUUUAGCGAAAGAGACAGCUAUACUAAAUUAAGUUGGUUUCUUUAUGAAUUAUUUCAAGCCCUGUUUAGUUACAUUAAAUAACGAAAAAUUACGCAUAACUAGAUUGGACUGAAUUGGUGGAAUGUUCGCGGUUUAUUUUCUUAUGAAUUGAGUCUAAAAUUGUUUUAUAGCAUGAUAGAAUUUUAGUUCAUAGUUUACCAAAGAGCCGAGGUGGGGUAUAGACUUUAAGAAAAGUUGUGAAAUAAUGGCGUUUAUGAUACUACUAACGCCCUAUUCAAGAAUAUACCAUAAGUAUAUACUACAGUAUACGAUUUUCAAAGAUCUCCUUUCGUUAGUAAUCGGUUAAACGGUAGGAUCAGCUGUGAUUUGACCAGAGAAUAAAUAUAAUAAACAAAUGAAAAGCGUUCUUCGUCUUUACAUAUUAUGCUCUGUGCUAGGUCCUGGCCAUUUUGAUGGUAUUGGCGGGGAAGGCUCGUGGCGAAAAUUGUCUAUUGUCACAUAAUCCUAAGAGUGACAAGGACGACAUGCAAAUGUUAUUGCGGCUUUUAGUACGUUUACAUCAGUAAAAAAAUCUAAACCAGUCUUGUGCACUCAAGUGUACUUUCGUCUCUUUCUAUCAAAUUGUGUUUAUGGUGUGAUAAAAUAGACGAGUACUUUUUGAAUAAGUCUAUACCCUAAUUAGGACGUGAUAAGUACAAGAUGCCAUAUCGUGUACAAUUUAAUUUUUGUAGUUUGUAAAUAUUUUAGCUUUAUGGUGAAAUCUUGCCAGAGGUGCGCUAUGUGUUAGAUAUAGUUUACGCAGGCGAAUCGGUAAGUGAAA